AUGACUCGUACGGGUAGUGAUGACGUGUCAAGGUCGGUUUCAAGAGUGCUUCGUCGUUGUGAUGGCAACAAAGACUGUGACAUGGAGGAGAUAGGUGAAGAGGGUCAGGGUGGGUAUUCAGAAUGGUCAGUAGUCUAUCAACCACACUUUACAAACUGGCUUACUUACCUUUCUGCUUUACGCGAUCAGUUUCCCUCCUCUUGCCCUACGCGAUCGCAUCCCCGACCUAAUUCUCAACCCACGACCACCUCGGCGACCAUAUCUGCGUUUAUCAGAAGGCGGUGCAGAUGGAUGAAGGGGGACCAUAGAGCUGAGGGCCCAGAUAUAGGCGAAGAGCGGUGUGGUGUGACGAUGCCGCUGAAGUGCAUACUGAAUCUCUCGGCCCACAGUCAUGAACCCCCGCACGCUAACACGUGA